GUUUUGUCUCAACACCCAAAAAAUCCAUGUGCUUCAUUUCAGUGGCUCUGGUGCUUCUUACCUACUCCCAUAUAAUAUUACCCUUUCCCUGCUCUUAUUUUCUGACACUUAGCAAUCUCUCAGGGAAAACUGGUGCGUCGCGUUUCUCUUCACCCUGCACACCCCUGACUCACACUGCAUUUGCGGAGACUCACGUCAGUUGGGGUGGUGGUGUCUCUAAGGAACGAAUUAGUCUAUCAUGGGGCCUAAGGCAUUAGACUAUGAGUCACUGAAUGAAAAUGUAAAGAAGGUUCAGUAUGCCGUAAGAGGUGAGUUGUAUCUUCGAGCUUCUGAGCUUCAGAAGGAAGGAAAGAAGAUUAUUUUCACUAAUGUUGGCAACCCCCACGCUCUGGGACAGAAGCCUCUGAGUUUCCCUCGUCAAGUGGUUGCUCUGUGCCAAGCUCCAUUUCUGCUAGACGAUCCUAAUGUGGGGAUGCUAUUUCCAGUAGAUGCGAUUGCAAGAGCUAAACACUAUCUUACAUUGACCACUGGUGGUCUAGGUGCUUACAGUGAUUCCAGAGGUAUUCCUGGGAUAAGGAAGGAGGUGGCGGAGUUCAUAGGAAGGCGUGAUGGGUAUCCUAGUGACCCAGAACUCAUAUUCCUCACUGACGGUGCUAGCAAAGGUGUGAUGCAGAUAUUGAACUGUAUUAUCCGUGGUGAAGGGGAUGGGGUUUUGGUUCCAGUCCCACAGUAUCCUCUUUACUCAGCCACAAUAUCUCUAUUUGGUGGUUCUCUUGUUCCAUAUUACCUUGAAGAGAGUGCAAAUUGGGGACUUGAUGUUAAUGACCUUCGCCAAGCAGUUGUCCAGGCUCGCUCUAAUGGAAUAACUGUGAGAGCAAUGGUUAUCAUUAACCCUGGAAACCCUACCGGUCAGUGCCUAAGUGAAGCUAAUCUAAGAGAGAUAUUGCGCUUCUGUUUCCAUGAAAACUUAGUUCUACUUGGAGAUGAAGUCUAUCAGCAGAACAUAUACCAGGAUGAACGUCCCUUUAUCAGUGCUAGAAAGGUUUUGAUGGAAAUGGGGCCACCCUUGAGCAACGAAGUUCAGCUUGUUUCUUUCCACACCGUAUCCAAAGGAUAUUGGGGUGAGUGCGGGCAGCGGGGUGGAUACUUUGAGAUGACAAACAUUCCUCCAAAGACUGUUGAUGAGAUCUAUAAGAUUGCAUCAAUAUCACUCAGUCCAAAUGUUCCUGCUCAGAUAUUUAUGGGGUUAAUGGUUAACCCACCCAAACCUGGAGACAUUUCAUAUGACCAGUUUGUUAGAGAAAGCAAAGGUAUCCUCGAAUCACUUAGAAAGAGAGCAAGGAUAAUGACUGAUGGAUUUAACAGCUGCAGAAAUGUGGUUUGCAAUUUUACAGAAGGUGCUAUGUAUUCAUUCCCUCAAAUACGCUUGCCUCCUAAGGCCAUAGAAGUUGCCAAAAAGGCGGGAAAAGUUCCAGAUGUUUUCUACUGUCUCAAGCUAUUGGAAGCAACUGGCAUUUCCACAGUCCCUGGAUCAGGAUUUGGACAGAAAGAAGGAGUCUUCCACUUAAGGACAACAAUUUUACCGGCAGAGGAAGACAUGCCUGCAAUCAUGGACAGCUUCAAGAAAUUCAAUGAUGAGUUCAUGGAGCAAUACGAAGAUUAUAGGAGCUAUUCAAGGAUGUGAGCAGGGAUGCUUCAAAUUCCUUGAAAUUGUACCAUAUUAAUUGCCUGGCUAUCGCCCACAAUUCUUACGUUCCCAAACAAAACAUCUUUUCUCCUUGUACCAUGAACUUCCCUCUAUUCAGAUUAUAUCACAUGCUUGUUCUUCUUGAACCAUAGAAAUAGGGUACUGAUGCAUGACCAAUUGCUAUAUCAGAAUGCAAGUAAUCUAAC